GGGCGGCCUCACCUGGAGCUCCGGAGUCUCCCUCGCGGCCGGCGGGGCUGCGCUGGGGCGGCCGGCCGGCGCCGGGACCCGCGGGGCGCGCUCGGGCCGAGACAGCAUGUGACGCCGGCCAGGAUUCAGCCCUGAUGGAGGCUGAGGAACCCACUCAUGGAGCCUUGACUCCUGUCCCUGUCGGAGUGGAAUUCAGUGUCGUCCCUGAAGCUCUCAUGAGAAGCAGCCAGACCCCAGCCCUGGAGCCUGGAGCUCAAGAAGGCCAGGAUGUGGCCUCUAAGUGGGCAGAGGGACACAGGGCCAUGGAGCCCCCGCAGAGAGAGGCGAGGGAUGCAAACGGCUCUGCAAGUGAGCGCAUGACCCCUUUGCAAACCGAGGAAGCCUCUGCAGAUGUGGACAGUGACCAGGAAGACCUGAUGGCCGAGACCAGUGACACUCCAGGGCACCAGGAGGCCUUGCCCCAGAGCCUGGCAGACACGUGGGCGAGGACUUCAGCUCCCUCAGAGCUCUGGGCCUGCCCUGUGCAGGGUGAACAUCCAGACAUGGUCCCCGUCUCCAGUGAACUGGCGAGCAGAGUGGAGACGGAGUUUAGACGGGAACCCGCUUCUUCGAUACUGGGAACCAGAGAAGCAGAAGAAGAGGAGGAAACUUCUCCAGAUGUGUCUGCUCAGACCAGAUUUGAGCCUUCUUGUGAAGAGCCCACUACAGAGACCAACCAUCCACAGGACGCUGAACGUGGAACCGUCAGGCAGGGGGAGGAGCUGUGGUCCACGGGGAUGCAGGGAAGUCGAGGCAGAGGAGGGUUUGUGUGUCCCCAGGGGACCGAGGGGCUGGAGGGGCAGGGACUAGAGGGAGUGGGCUUUCAGGGGGAUGGAACUCCAGGGAAGGAUGUGUGUUCUGAUGGGCUUUUAGGGGAGCAGGAACAGACAGGGGGGCAGGCUAAUGGUUCAGUGGGAGAGCAGAGGCAGAAACAGGAGCCCGCGCCCUAUGAUGUACUUGCAAAACAAGAAGCAGGAGAGGGGCUCAGUGGGGACCUGGGAGCCCUACUCUACGGUGAGAGCGAGAGCGGGACUCAGGGCCAGCAGGAUCUUGAACAGGGUAAACAGGGGUUCGGGGUGCUGAGGGGGCCAGAGGAGGUUAGGGUGGAUGCUCAGUACCAGCAGGAUCAAGGCCUAAUGGGAAGAUCAGUGAAGGUCAUGGGAAAGCAAGAAGGUCAGGGUCCACAGGGGCAAGUGGUGCCCGGAGAAAGGCCAGCGGAGGAGGAAGCAGGGAGUCGGGACGGGGCCGUGCUGCAGGGAGAGGGCGGCGAGGGGGGCGCAAAAGGGGGGGAAGAGUGUGGUGGUCCUCCCACCCCGCCCCUCGCAGCCCCUGAGGCCCCCACCCCGGGUGCCUUAUUUCCAGACGCCUGUUAUUCCAUGACGAGUGUUCCCGGGACUCAGGCAGAGCCUCGGGCUGAGGAACAGUCCUCCGUAGCUCUGACCCCUACACUGGAGCCCACGGGAUCGCCCCGCCAGCCCACUUCCUCACCCAGCUCCUUUCCCGCUGGGGAGUCACCUGAUCAAGGGACAGCUCAGGACAGCCAGCAGGGGGGAGCCGGGCUGGGGGAGCGGGCAGUGUCCAGCCAGGGCGCGGAGGUGGCCUCUGGAAGGACCCCUCCCCUGCUUCCAAGGACGGCCGCUGUGGCUCCUUGCAGUCCUGCUGAAGCCUCCCCCAGCACCACCGCCCCAUCUGCCCGCCCCCCGGGUGACUUGCCCAGGAGGGAGCCCUCUCCCGCUGCGUGUCCUCCAGAAACCUCCAGGGCUGCUGCCUCGACUGACUCGCCAUCUCCCCGUAGGGCUUCCGAGGCUGCCCUCCACGGCUUCCCCUCUACAGAGGCCACCGUGGAGCCAUGUGCCAGCUCCCACUGGGCCAGCCCUCAGAGCCCCCUGGCCAACAGCCCCCUGGCUGUCCAACACCUAAGGAGCAACUCCUUCCCGGGCUCUCACAGGACAGAGCCGGCUCUGGACCCCGUGGGAAUAUCCCUGUCCUCCUCCCAUUCAGAGUUGCCCCAGAGGCCCCCCAAACCUGCCGUCUAUGGCUCUGUGAUGCCAAGAAGGGACAGGAAAAGCCAUAGGGACUGCAGCGCCGUUCCAGAAUCCCUUAGUUCAUUGUCCACUCUGGAGCCAGACUCCCGAGAAUCCACCUCACAUCCAGAAAGCAGGCAGCCAUGGAGGUCCCCACGUAAUUCAGCCCCUGCCCUAGCGACUCCUGCCUGUGGCUCUUCUCCACCUGCUGUCUCCACAGACAUGAGGAUCCAUGAGCCCCCACCACCUCCGCCCCCAGAGAAGAGGCACGUCUACCCUUCCCUGGUGGAGAAAGACGGCCAUCUCUGGGAAGCAGCCCCCACAUUGAGGAGGGGUAGCCGCCCUCCUGUUCUGACCGCAGGCUCAGGGCUACAUGGCCCUCCCAGAGGCACACUUCCCCACGUUCCUGAGCCCCCUGUGGCCAGGGAGCACAGACCACUGCCCUCCACCCCGGACACGCCCCGCCACACUCAGACCUCUCUCUCCCCCAGGCUGAAGUAUAACAAACCAUUACCCCCGACUCCUGACUUGUCCCAGCCCCACCAUUCCUCUGGUAGCCCAAGGAUCUACAGGCCUCUCCCCCCUGUUCCUAUCAUGGUUCCUCCCCCUGAACCACCCCCGUUACCCCCUAAGUCCAGGGGGAGGACCAGGACUACUCAGGGAGGAUUCAUGAACUCGGGGGGUCAAGGCAAACCGAGGCCUGUUUGUCAAGAGUGGACAGUCCCCACACCCCACUCUGCUGGACGUACCUCUUGGCCCCCGGCCAUGGGCAGGUCAGCGGACUCCCUGGCUCCCACCGGCAGGAGCAAGAGUGAAGUACAGGGCAUGGCUUUCAGCAAUGCGGCGACCCUUCUUGGUCCCUCUUCCCCAACCGCCCCUUGGACUCCAGAGCUCCAGGAACCCGUGUCUGGACCGGGGCUCUCGGAAGAGUCUGAGGCCCCUGCCAGAGGAUCUUUGAGAAGAACAACCACCUCUCAGGAAGGACCCAGUGGCCUGAGGAAGUUGGGUCUGAGCCAAGCAAGGCAGCCAGAAAAACCGAGCCAUCCCCAUCUGGAGAAGGCGUCUAGCUGGCCCCACAGGCGGGACCCGGGGAGACCUCCGGAGGGCUGCCGUGGGCGGCCCGCGGGCCCCGGCGAGGGCUCCAGUAAGCACAAGGGCUGGAACCGGCAGGGCCUGCGCAGACCGUCCAUCUUGCCCGACGGCUCUGCAGAUACAAGAGGUCCAGCCAUGGAAAAAUCCCCCGGCCCUUCAGACACCAUUGUUUUUCGGGAGAAGAAACCAAAGGAGGUGAUGGGAGGCUUUUCAAGGCGCUGCUCAAAGCUUAUCAACUCCUCUCAGCUGCUUUACCAGGAGUACAGCGAUGUGGUUCUGAACAAGGAGAUUCAGAGCCAGCAGCGUCGAGACGGCCUGUCAGAGGCGCCUGGGCCAGCCUCCCCCCGGCAGCCCCGCAGGGCCCUGGUCUCCUCGGAGUCCUACCUGCAGCGCCUCUCUGUGGCCUCCAGCGGCUCCCUCUGGCAGGAGAUCCCCGUGGUGCGCAACAGCACCGUGCUGCUCUCCAUGACCCAUGAAGGCCAGAAACUGCAAGAGGCCAAAUUCGAGCUGAUUGUGUCAGAGGCAUCCUAUCUGCGCAGUCUGAACGUAGCUGUGGACCAUUUCCAACUGUCAUCCCAGCUCCGGGUCACCCUUUCCAACCAGGAUCACCAGUGGCUCUUCUCUCGUUUACAGGACGUGCGUGACGUCAGCGCCACGUUCCUUUCCGACCUGGAAGAGAACUUCGAGAACAACAUCUUCACCUUCCAAGUGUGUGAUGUGGUCCUGAGCCAUGCCCCUGACUUCCGUCGGGUCUACCUGCCUUACGUCACCAACCAGACCUACCAGGAACGCACCUUCCAAAAUCUGCUGAAUAGCAGCAGCAGUUUCCGGGAUGUCCUGGAGAGGCUGGAGAGCGACCCCAUCUGCCAGCGCCUUUCCCUCAAGUCCUUUCUGAUCCUGCCCUUCCAGCGCAUCACCCGCCUCAAACUGCUGCUCCAGAACAUCCUGAAGAGGACACAGCCUGGCUCUUCAGAGGAAGCAGAGGCCACAAAGGCACACCAUGCCCUCGAGGAGCUGAUCCGAGACUGCAAUAACAAUGUCCAGAGGAUGCGGCGCACGGAGGAGCUGAUCUACCUGAGCCAGAAGAUUGAGUUUGAGUGCAAAAUAUUCCCGCUCAUUUCACAGUCACGCUGGCUGGUGAAGAGCGGUGAGCUGACGGCCCUCGAGUUCAGUGGCUCUCCGGGGCUGCGAAGGAAACUGAACACGCGUCCAGUCCACCUGCAUCUCUUCAAUGACUGUCUGUUGCUGUCUCGGCCCCGAGAGGGCAGCCGAUUCCUGGUAUUUGACCAUGCGCCCUUCUCCUCCAUCCGGGGGGAAAAGUGCGAAAUGAAGCUACACGGACCCCACAAAAACCUCUUCCGACUCUUUCUGCGGCGCAACGUACAGGGCACCCAGGCCGAGUUCCUCUUCAGCACGGAGACCCAGAGUGAAAAGCUCCGGUGGAUCUCGGCCUUGGCCAUGCCACAAGAGGAGCUGGCCCUUCUGGAGUGUUACGACUCCCCACAAGUACAGUGCCUUCGAGCCUACAAACCCCGGGAGAAUGAUGAGCUGGCACUGGAGAAGGCGGAUGUGGUGAUGGUGACUCAGCAAAGCAGCGAUGGCUGGCUGGAGGGCAUGAGGCUCUCAGAUGGGGAGCGAGGCUGGUUUCCUGUGCAACAAGUGAAGUUCAUUUCCAACUCAGAGGUCCGCGCACAGAACCUGAAGGAAGCCCACCGAGUCAAGACGGCCAAACUACAGCUGGUGGAGCAGGAGACCUAGCUGUGUCCUGGGAAGAAUGCCCUGAGACUAAGGACAAGACGUUCCUGGAGAGAGCUGGCCCCGGAACCCUGCAACAGAGGCCUUCUGCAGAACACGAUGUCAACCCUCUGAAAGCCCAGGAGCAAAAUCCAGCUACCAGUCGCUAGUCCCGGGCCUCCUGUUUGUGCUUUGUGCUUGGUGGAGGGGUUUUGAGGGACUUUGCACUGGACUCUGGGAACUCUCUCUCAGAAGAAAAGGGACCAACGGAGCACAGACCAAGGGAGUUCACUUCUACUACCAAACAGAAUGUAAGCGUUCUCUGCUUCCGGAGGGCAGAGUCAAGGCUGACCGGAGUCUCCGUCACAGCCGUAUGUAAAACAGGAUCCGACUCCAGUCCCCUGGAGGGAGAUGUCUAAGGGGGACUAAGCCAUCAGAUGGGAGGUCAGCCUGGUGACCUCUAGGGCAUCUUCCGGCCCUAGAGGUUUUCCAUAACUGCUGGUGUUAGGUCAGUACAUGCACCUCUGGGGUCGGUGUCUAUUGGUGGCAAUGUGAGGGUGACACUCUCACUCUAAUAAACUUGGCACUUCUCCCAGUG